AUGCAGCGAAACACAGACACGUUUCUGUCGUGGGGUUUCAAUGACGAAGACGUUGCUCACCUAAUUCAUGCUGCUCCUGGCAUACUGAGCCUAUCGACGAACAGGUUGCAUCAGACCUUUGCCUUUCUGGACAAUGUGGGUGUGAAGAAAGAGAACAUCCCAGAAACUCUGCUCCGAUGCCCAAGAUUCGUGAAGAUGAAUAGCAACAACAACCUUCUCCUCAAGAAGAACCUCCUGCUUCGGCACUACACUAAAGCGGAAGUGGCCGCCAUUCUUCGUCAUACGCCGCAGAUCUUGACAUGCUCUCACGACCAACUCUCCAGCCGGCUGCGGGCUCUUGAGCAGAGCGGUAUGCUUCAUGCCGUGAUGAACCGCGUGGCCAUGAAUCAGGACGGGCAGAAAGACGACAAAGGCCGCCGGCGUCAAUGA